UCGACAACAGCAGCAGCAUCAAAGCCGCUAGCUCAGCAAGCUACGGGGAUUCCAAUUCCUGUGAAGUUCAUUCCACCAGGCUUACCAUUUCCAGCAGGGACCUAUCCAUGCUCAUCAUUGCCGUCAGUGCCUGAAAGCGCUCAGCAGUACCAACAGCAAAUGCAACAAAAUCCCUCUGCCUGUGCGUCUUCAUCGACGUUACCCCCAUCGCGUACGUGGAGUGCAGGACCAGCCGGUACUAUCCCGUUUCCUGCCAUACCACCUUCAACAUCGUUGGAGGGUCAUUCAGUGUACUACCCGGUACAGCAAUUAGUUUCGAGUUCUGCGUCUAUGCCUUAUGGUCUUUCUUCGCCGGUCUUGGUUUCGCCAUAUGCAACACUACAGCUGAACAUUCCACCGGUAGAUCCAAAUAAUCCAGAAAGCGCUGCAACGCUUACUCGAUCUUUAGAUCAGUAUAACCAGCAGCUGAUACGCUCUCAACUGGAUCAAGCUCAACAGUCAGCGCAGGUUGCCGGGUGCCAAGUGCAGCUUCUCAGGGAUCAACUAACGAGUGAAACUACAGCUAGGAUAGAGGCUCAACCAGAAAUCCUCGAGAUGGUUGCGUGGGCUAACUGGGCGGGGCCCAAUGGCCUGGUGUGCCAUUGUUCAAGUGCUUGUCUAUCGACAACAGCAGCAGCAUCAAAGCCGCUAGCUCAGCAAGCUACGGGGAUUCCAAUUCCUGUGAAGUUCAUUCCACCAGGCUUACCAUUUCCAGCAGGGACCUAUCCAUGCUCAUCAUUGCCGUCAGUGCCUGAAAGCGCUCAGCAGUACCAACAGCAAAUGCAACAAAAUCCCUCUGCCUGUGCGUCUUCAUCGACGUUACCCCCAUCGCGUACGUGGAGUGCAGGACCAGCCGGUACUAUCCCGUUUCCUGCCAUACCACCUUCAACAUCGUUGGAGGGUCAUUCAGUGUACUACCCGGUACAGCAAUUAGUUUCGAGUUCUGCGUCUAUGCCUUAUGGUCUUUCUUCGCCGGUCUUGGUUUCGCCAUAUGCAACACUACAGCUGAACAUUCCACCGGUAGAUCCAAAUAAUCCAGAAAGCGCUGCAACGCUUACUCGAUCUUUAGAUCAGUAUAACCAGCAGCUGAUACGCUCUCAACUGGAUCAAGCUCAACAGUCAGCGCAGGUUGCCGGGUGCCAAGUGCAGCUUCUCAGGGAUCAACUAACGAGUGAAACUACAGCUAGGAUAGAGGCUCAAGUGAGUUGA